AUGGUAUUUAGGACAUACAUUGCUUGUAAUUCCUUUGAACGCCUCUUUACUACAGAGAAAUACGCUCUACUACAGGCUACUACACUCUACUACAGAAAAAUACGCUUUACUACAGAGAAAUACAUUCUACUACGCUCUACUACACGCUACUACACUCUACUACAAGCUACUACACUCUACUACAGAGAAAUACGCUUUUUACAGAGAAAUACGCUCUACUACAGGCUACUACACUCUACUACAAGCUACUACAAGCUACUCAGGCUACUACACUCUACUACAGAGAAAUACGCUAUAUUACAGAGAAAUACGCUCUACUACGGAGAAAUACGCUCUACUACACUCUACUACAAGCUACUACACUCUACUACAAGCUACUACAGGCUACUACACUCUGCUACAGAGAAAUACGCUCUACUACAGAGAAAUACGCUCUACUACAGAGAAAUACGCUGUACUACAGGCUACUACACUCUACUACGGAGAAAUACGCUUUACUACAGAGAAAUACAUUCUACUACGCUCUACUACAGGCUACUACACUCUACUACAAGCUACUACAGGCUACCACACUCUGCUACAGAGAAAUACGCUCUACUACGCCUUACUACAGGCUACUACACUCUACUACAGAAAAAUACGCUUUACUACAGAGAAAUACAUUCUACUACGCUCUACUACACGCUACUACACUCUACUACAAGCUACUACACUCUACUACAGAGAAAUACGCUAUAUUACAGAGAAAAACGCUCUACUACAGAGAUAUACGCUCUACUACACUCUACUACAAGCUACUACACUCUACUACAAGCUACUACGCUCUACUACAGGCUACUACACUCUACUACAGAGAAAUACGCUUUACUACAGAGAAAUACAUUCUACUACACUCUUCUACAGGCUACUACACUCUACUACAAGCUACAAGCUACUACAGGCUACUAUACUCUGCUACAGAGAAAUACGCUCUACUACGCCUUUCUACACGCUACUACACUCUACUACAGAGAAAUACGCUUUACUACAGAGAAAUACAUUCUACUACACUCUACUACAAGAUACUACACUCUAACACAAGCUAAUACAGGCUACUACACUCUGCUACAGAGAAAUACGCUCUACUACAGAGAAAUAUGCUCUACUACGCUCUACUACAGGCUACUACACUCUACUACGGAGAAAUACGCUUUAGUACAGAGAAAUACAUUCUACUACACUCUUCUACAGGCUACUACACUCUACUACAAGCUACAAGCUACUACAGGCUACUAUACUCUGCUACAGAGAAAUACGCUCUACUACGCCUUUCAACACGCUACUACACUCUACUACAGAGAAGUAGGCUUUACUACAGAGAAAUACGCUCUACUACAGAGAAAUACGCUCUACUGCAGAGAAAUACGCUCUACUACACUCUACUACAAAGAAAUACGUUCUACUACGGCUUGCUAUAGAAAAUAACGUACUGCUACACAUCGCUACGAAAAUUACGCUUUACUACAUUGUACUACAAGGAAAGAAAGGGCUUGCUAC